AUGGCAGCCCGCCUGCAAAACAAGAUUUCAAUGGAUGCUGCAGCUGAUAGCUGUUCACUUAACUCUUUUUCGUUUUCUGGCCUCCUGUGUGUUCAGGAUCAGCAAUCCAAGUCCCUCCCUACUAACAGAGCCAAUCAAAUUCACAAACAAGGCACAGAGUUUGAGUUUGGUCACACUACAUCACAGUCCAUUGUGACCGAUCCCAUCAAGCAUUACCCAGCAGACCUGUUAAUCUCAAAUGGUCAGAUCAUACCAAAAGCAAUUGUACUUCAAUCAACACAGCAUGUGCCAACUAACCAGCCCUGCAUCAAAGAUUCAGCAAGAGCAGCCCGUACCAGUAGCAAGAGAUCAACUGACAACACCAGUGGCACAGAAACUGCUAAACCAAAUCCAGAAUUUGGAAACCAAGCGAAAAAAGAAAACCCUGCGCCAAGAUCAUGGUUUGGCCAGAAAAUAUUCAAGUCAUUUCUCUUCCCUUGCAAGGAAUGCCGAGUUUCUAAGCCAACGCAGAGAGGACACAGAAUCCCAGAAGAAAAUGGGAAGUUACAUUGA